UCCGUAUCGACCUGAUACCAUGAUACGCUCCUGCAUCCCGAGCGGACUAUCGCGCGUGAACGUCAACGUCGUCAUCGACAUCGAGGCGUGGUGACGCGACGUCGGCCGACGAUCUCAGUUCGCCGGCAACGAGCGUCGCGACAGCUCGCGCCGUAACGCGGGAGGAAGUUUGGCCGGAAGAAGAGGUUGCUCCCCCGAGAAGAAGAGGGUGGGGUACUAAGGGGUACGAAGAGAAGACAAGCAAGAGGAACACGAAGGAGAGGACGAGAGACGAAGACGUGCAAUUCCGCGACAAAGGGGGUGACCAGGGAGUACCACCGAAGGGGUGGGAGCGAAGAAAAAAGGGGGCGAGGACGAAGUAGACGGGGGUCAGCGGGUUAAAACACGUGGAUGCUGUGGCCGGUGUUGGGGGGGGAUGACGGGCUGAGCCCCACAGCGUCGCCCACGCCGGCGACGACCGGCGCCGUCUCCUCCGCGAAGGGGGUGAACAAACUGACCCCUCUGCUGCUCUGCGCCCCCUGCAAACCCGGUGGCCACCGGAAGAGCCAGAGCUCCACCCAGUGGUACGUGCAACAGCCCACGUGGCGUUUAUGGGGCGAGGAAAGAGGCGACGGCGUCAUAUACACAGUAUAUCUAAAGAAGGUCCGAUACCAUCGGCCCACGAGAAGUCUUUCAGCAUCGGAUUCUGACGACGAGAUUUCGCACUUGGAAUGGGAGACGGUGCGAGUGCGUUUCUUGAAGGCCGGCACGGUGCAGCGGCUGGUCGAAAGUCUGGCGAACGACGACGGCGAGCUGGAGUCCACUUACAUAAACAUCUUCCUGGCAACAUACCGAGCGUUCACCAGCCCUCGUGAAGUCCUCGAGCUGUUGCUCGCGCGAUACGACGCUCUGGACGGGACCGCCGGCUGUGAGCAGCAUCGCAAGACCCUUGUUCAGGCUUUGCAUGUCUGGCUGGACGCUUAUCUAGGAGACUGGAAGUCACCCCCGAGCCAUCCCCUGCUCACCAGACUUCUCGAGUUCACGCAGCAGCGUCUUAUUGGCUCUGAGCUCGAACUCAAAGCUAAGCACCGACUGCACCGGUUUCAGCGGGAGGAUCAGAUAGACUGUAUAGUAUACGACAAUGGCCGACUACCCAUGCGCGGUUCCCCGGAUCCGAUGGCGGAUCACUGGGGGAACUACAUCUUCCCCGAGGUGCCCCAUCGUCACUUCGCCGAGCAGCUAACCCGGAUGGAUGCCGAAGUGUUUAAGAAGCUAGUUGCCCAUCAGUGUCUUGGUGCCGUAUGGUCCAGGAAGGAUCGUUCCAGGAGUCACGAAGCCGCCACGGUGGUGGCAACCGUGAACCAAUUCAAUGCCGUCUCGUUACGUGUGAUCUCGACCAUUCUGACGGACACGACGCUCAAAUCUCAGGAGCGCGCCAGGAUCCUCGAGACGUGGAUCGACGUCGCGCAGGAAUUGCGGAUACUCAAGAAUUUUAGUAGCUUAAAGGCAAUCGUCUCCGGCCUCCAAAGCAAUCCGGUGUAUCGACUGGAGAAGUGUUGGCAGUGCAUGCCUCGGGAGAAGCAUGAACUCUUCCGCGAGCUCGAGAGGAUAUUCUCAGAGGAGAACAACGCCUGGACACAGAGGGAAUUGCUCAUCAAAGAGGGCACUGCCAAGUUCGCUGACACUGCCGGCAGAAGCGAUAGGCAUCUGCAGAAGCUCUUUCAAAAACAGAAUACUCACGCAGGCAACAUUAGUUACGGCACAAUACCGUAUCUAGGUACCUUCCUAACUGACCUCACUAUGAUCGACACGGCGAUUCCGGAUACGAUAGCCGAUGGUCUCAUCAAUUUUGAUAAAAGACGAAAGGAGUUCGAAGUGCUUGCUAGGAUAAGACUUCUGCAGGGCGCGGCAAACGCAUAUAACUUCAGCAUGGAUCCCGUGUUCGAUCGUUGGUUCCAUUCGGUAGUGGUAUUGGACGAUCGGGAAGCGUACAAACUUAGCUGUCAGAUCGAGCCACCACCAGGGAACACUCUCAACAAUCGCGGCAAGAAGAAACAGGGUCAUCAAGGUCAUCGCAAGAAUGAUUCAAUUGCCUCAACAUCCAGUUCGAGCAGUUCGCAAUUUUACUGCGACCUCGAUUCCCUCCCGAGUUCGCCACACAACUCGCUGGACCGGCGAACGUCACCGUCACAAAUGUCCAGUUCGUCCUCGAGCUCGUCUCUACCGUCCCUGGACGUAUCCCUAAGUUCCGGUGGAGGUGGCAGUCAUCAGACUCGUCUGGCACCCCCAGCCGGUGCUGUGGCGGCCAACGGUAGCACUCCGAAUCUCGCCGGAUUGUCUAGUCCCAGUCACUCGCACAAGAACUCGCCUGAUUUCUAUAUUAUCAAAGUCACCAUGGAAACGGAUAACGUAGAAACGCAAGGCGUGGUGCUGUACAAGUCGAUAAUGCUAUCGAACAACGAGCGGACGCCACAGGUUAUCCGGAACGCCAUGCUGAAGCUUGGCCUUGAAGGCAGUCCCGAUCAGUACACCCUGGCCCAGGUGCUACCCGAUCGGGAGAUGGUAUUGCCCAAUUCGGCUAACGUCUAUUACGCUGUAAAUACCGCGCACAAUCUCAACUUUAUUUUGAGACAGAGGAGAGAGCCCAAUGACGUGACCUCGGACAGUCCCAGGAGCAAAGGCAGCGGUCACAACCACAAGAGGUAGUCUUAAAACCGUCGCUGAGAACAAGAGGAUUUCUGAAGUCUCUCGCUGACGUAAGCGGGAAAUAGUUCUUGGACAAUUACGUGAACUUUGGACGUGAAGUUAGAGUGCUAAUGGAUUCUCGAAUUGCUCUCGUGAAGGAGAAUAAAUUGAAGUCGAUCAAUAUAAUUGCGA